CAAAGAGUUCCAAGGGCACCCAUGGCGUCCUCGAUGGUAGUUCCAGUCAUCGAUGUUCAGAAUGAUAAUUUUAAAGAGCUGUGGCCUGCUAUGGUGCUCGCCAUCAAAACAUCUUCCUUCAUCGCCAUCGAUACAGAGCUGAGUGGUCUAGGAAACAGAAAAGCACUGCUGGCCGAAAGCAUCGAGGACCGCUACAAGGCCAUAUGUCACGCGGCCCGCUCUCGAUCCAUCCUCUCCCUGGGUAUCGCCUGCUACAAGAAGCUCGACAGCAAGCCCGCAGACUCGUACCUGGUGCAGGUGUACAACUUGACGCUGCUCUGCUCGGAGGAGUACAUGAUCGAGCCCCAGUCGGUCCGCUUCCUGGUGCAGCACGGCUUCGACUUCAACAAGCAGUACGCCCAGGGAGUCCCCUACUGCAAGGGCAACAACAAGGGCGGGGCAGACAACCACGGGGUCAGCGUGAGGUCGUUGUUUACUGAGCUGCUCCGAGCCAGGAGACCCCUGGUGCUCCACAAUGGACUCAUAGACAUGGCCUUCCUCUACCAGUGCUUCUACUCCCACCUCCCCGAGCGUCUCACCACCUUCACGGCUGACCUGUCUGAGAUGUUCCCCGCCGGCAUCUACGACACCAAAUACGCCUCAGAGUUUGAGCUGCGCCAAACCGCCUCCUACCUGGAGUACGCCUACAAGAAGUGUAAACUGGACAACAGCCGGGGUGUGGAGGCUGGGGGCCCGGGGCCCCAUCUGCUGAUAGAGUUCUGUCAUUACGGCGGCCACAUGUCCAGCUAUGUGGACUACAGAGUGUGUCCUGCCGUGGCCCCGCCCCCCGGACAGCAGGAGGUCUGCCAGCGCUUCUCUGCGUUCGGGUGGUGCCCCGCCGGGAGCGAAUGCACCUCCUCCCACGACACAGACCUGAUCAUCCUGCAGGACGAGAAGCUGGGGAUGGACAAGAAGUCCAAGAGGAAGAGGAAGAGGGACAGGAGGGACAAGAGGAAGGGAGGAGCAGAAGGAGGAGGAGGAGGUGCAGAGGAGGAGCGAAAGGAGGAGGAGGAGGAGGAGGAGGAGGAGCUGAGGGCGAGCAAGAUCGCCCACUUGGAACUGGACCCGGCCGACAGACCCUCUCAGGACGGGUCCAUCGGGGACCCGGUAGCACGCACGGAGCCCCCUCUUGCGGAACUCACCGGAAACGGCUCGUGUGCGCUCCCUGACGACAUCACAGACAAGGCCACGCCCGCCGUCGCCGAGCUGAAGAAAGAGAGUGUUACCGACGAUGAGGCGAAGGCGGCGGCGGCGGCGGAGGCCAGCAGGAAGAGACUGGAGGGGGGCACGCACCGCGCCGGGUUCGACGCCUUCAUGACGGCCUACAUCUUCGCCUACGCCUGCGCCCUGGACGCCAGAGAGGACGGGAAGAAGAAGAAGAAGACGGAGGAGGAGAAGGACCGGGUUCUGCCCACCUGCUACAACAAGGUGUAUCUGAGCGGGAAGGCCGCGCCCCUCCACAUCGUGAAGAGCUCCUUCUCCAAGUCGUCCAAGGCCCACACCCUGAAGAUGGAGCUGGUGUGGGGCAAGAGCCUGGCCAGCACCCUGCUGGAGGCUGGGCCGCAGCAGCAGAAGGACGGGGAGUAGCUGUGGGUCACACCAGAGACGGCUUGGGUUGAGAGGAGCCUUUCUGCUUCAGCGGGGAGGAUGGUAGGGUCAACACAGGUGUGUUGAUCAUAUAAAUGAAUGGGAUUUAGGCCCAAUCCCAUUUCUACCCCUUCCCCCUCCCCCUUGUUUUGAAGGGGUAAGGGUAAGGGGGAGGGGGAAGGGGAAGGGGUAGAAAUGGGAUUGGACCUUAAUGUUUGGUCUGUUCAUUUAGGGGUCUGCUCCUUUGUUCUCUUGGGAGUGAUGCACCGGUCGUCGGUAGCAGAACCUGUACAGGGAGUUUUGUAUCAAAGUCUUUGCUACGAGAAUCUAAAAGCCGAUUAGAACCGCUACACAAUUCUUUCCACUCUGAUUUUUUUGUGUUUGAAAUCUCCAAUGAUUUGUAUCUUAAUAUUUCGUGUGGCAACUUCAUAUUGCUGUUUCCUGUUAUUUUAUUUAGGAGAAAGUAAUCACAUUAUUACAGAUUUUCUCUGCAUCAGGUUUAUCAUUUCAGAGAACAUUCUUUACAUGCUAAGCCUUUUUUAAUGUCAACAGUAAAAAUCACGAUAUAAAUGUUAUUCAACCUCAUUUUGGUCUUUUGCCCUAGUUUGUCCAAAUGAUGGACUUAAAUAAUAAACAGUCUGCCCUUUGUUGUUCUAAGUACUCGUCACGCUUUAACACCUGCUGAAACAGGAUUGUGGACAAUGGGCAGUAAGUAAGGCGAAUAUAGAAGCAAGAAGCUCAACAUUUAUUUAAAACAUGUAUUCUUUGUACACAUUUCUUACACGUCUUUAAUAUAAACUGUGCUUUGGUUUACUUGAAUUCUGUUACAUUUAAACAAAAGCAGACUAGCAUAAAACCAGGAGAUAAGGGUUUAUAAUCUAACAUCUCAGUCACCAUUCAUGGAAGUCAGGUCAACAACAAAUCAUUUACACAUACACAUAGUAAGACGUUUAGAACAGUUUGUCAUAAAUACAAAAAAAUAGAACAUCUGAAUACAUUUAUGCAUAGAAAUGUAGUGAUACGAUUAUUAACAGUCGGCAUUAAGUGCAAUUAGUUUGCCCAUCGAAUAAGUCAACAGAAUUGGAAAAGUGCCAAUCAAAGGAAGCCCUUAAGUAGAGAAUCUGGACCUGAAAGUGCUUGAAUUAAACCAAUGAUUUAAACUAACCCUGAAAAUGUCCCCACUGAAGAUUGACAAAAGUAAUGUAUAUAAGAACGAAUCAAAUGAAUACUACUCGGCAGUAGUUAUUUUAGUUCCGUUUCCUGAAAGUGUCAUCUGGCUGGUUUUACUGGGACAUGAGAUUAGACAUUAGGCCUCACCAGACAUUACGCAAUCACACUUGAGCUGCUAUAGGGGAAAUAGACCAGAGUAGUCGCAACCGAUCUCCGACCUUCUAGGAGCAUGCAUCUCUAACAGAUCAAAAGAUGUAUGGAUCUAUGAUGCCCAACAAAUAUCUUCAUAUAAAAGCCCAUUUAUAUGCAUGUAUUAUUUUUUUAACUAUUGAUGAGUUAUAAAGUGAUUUGGGUUUGGUUUCUUUUUCAGUUAAAUUUCAAGCAGAUUCUCUGAGUAAGAAACAACGUUAAAAAGGACAAUAUUAAUUAAGUACCAAAGACUGGUUCAGGCCACACACUCUCUCUCUCUCUCACACACACACACACACACACACACACACACACACACACACACACACACACACACACACACACACACACACACACACACACACACACA